CCUCUGAGCAGAUGAUCCGCCGUUGAAAUGACACAGACGUUGGAGCAUCAUACAGACAGUCGUCUUGUGGUGCUGCGAGAUGGCUGUAGAACAUGCAAUGCAACUAUCUACCCCGCAAAAACUACCCUGCCUCGGCCCUGCCUAGACCCUGCUUGAAAAGGUAUGCUGCUUUGGGCUGCCUGCUUGGGCUGUCAUGUUCGCGUGCCGACGGGCUACCAUGGUUGAGAGUGGAGACGAUGCUGCUUUUCGGGCUCGUUUUAGCUUCCCUUGUCCGAUUGCGCCCAAGAUCCUCGUUAGCUCUCGAGAAGAACCGAGAUCGGAAUACAAUUACUAGUGUGAAGUAUGCCUCGUGUUCUUCAAUCAAAGCGUAUAUGGACAAGAAGUGAUUAUGUAGAUUUCAAGACAUUACAUGGCCCUGUUCGUGCCUCUAGUUGUUGGUUACGCAGGAAU